AUGCCACAGGACGAACGGACACGGGCAAGUAGCGUUGCUUCGAGCUCGUCGACACCACCGAUGACCCCUACGGCGAAGCCAUCCUUGUCCCGGCGGAGGACUCAGCCCGAACCUAUAUCCCGCAUCUUCAUCAAAGAUCUGCCAAACGCCGAGCGGGAAGCUCUCAGUACCUUCGCAGAAUUGAAGGAGAAUGAAUUUCAGACGAAAGGUCUCGGGCGGAGCAACCAGCAGGAGGAGAUGAUGGUGUGCGACUGCGUUUUCGACGAGAAUGACCCGGAACAUGCAUGUGGCCAAGGGAGUAACUGUAUCAACCGAAUGACACAGGUUGAAUGCUUGCAUGGCCAGUGUCAAACGAGAGGACAUUGUCAAAAUCAGAGAUUUAGCAGAAAGCAAUACGCUAACAUCGAGAUCGUACAAACGGAGAAGAAAGGGUUCGGUAUUCGAGCAGGCAGUGAUAUGAACGCAGAGACGUUCAUAUAUGAGUACAUUGGCGAGGUCAUCUCUGAGACCACCUUUCGAAAGCGAAUACAGGACUACGCCAACGAGGGAAUCCAGCACUUCUACUUCAUGAUGCUUCAGAAGGAAGAGUAUCUCGACGCAACCAAACGGGGCGGUAAGGCUCGAUUUCUCAAUCACUCCUGCAACCCAAACUGUUACGUCGCGAAAUGGGUCGUCGGCAAACGUAUGCGGAUGGGAAUUUUCGCCAAACGCGACAUCCUCGAGGGCGAGGAGUUGACUUUUAAUUAUAAUGUGGACCGCUACGGUUACGAUGCGCAAAUCUGCUACUGUGGCGAGCCGAAUUGCUCAGGGUUUAUCGGAGGCAAAGUGCAAACUGAUCUGGGCACUAUGGAUGAUCUUUAUCUCGAAGGCGAGUUCGAUCUGGGGGCUCUUGGCGUGUCUGAGGAAGUUGCUGCGAAUGGACUCAAGGGGAACAAGAAGAAGCGGGCGAAGAGACUCGACGAAGACUUCAACCCGGUUCUCAAACCCAUGUCAUCACAAGACGUUCCCAAAAUUGUCGCUGCGCUUCGUCAAGCAACAGCCAACCGACUAAUGCUGAUCAAGCUAUUACAAAGGAUCCAAAUGACGGACGACGAUGCAGCGAUUCGGGAAGUUACACGUAUGCACGGGUUUAGCAACAUGACCACCGUGCUCGGCAGCUUCCCAGAGGAUGAGGAAGUCGUUCUGCUGGUCCUCGAAGCGAUGCAAAAGUGGAAAGUCGGCAACCGAGUGAAGAUCGAGGACUCCAACAUCGAGGAGCCUGUACGAGUUUACCUCGAUCACUCCAACGAAAACAUUCGCCGGGAUGCAGAGAAGCUGCUCAACUAUUGGAAGGAUCGGCCGACGGUCUUCCGGAUACCCCGUAAAGUGCAUCCUGACACCGCUGAUGACGCGACCAAUGGUGACGCAUCGGGAGUGACGCUAGUUUACGACAAACCGAGAUAUGUGGCGCCCGCAAUAUCAAUAUCGACCCCCCUUCCUCAGAUGGGCACUUUCACUCCUGCUCCCGUUACACGGCCCAUCUUUAAACCAAAACCCAGGUUUCCCUCAUCUACACCGACGCCCGUCGUUGCAUCACCAGCGCCGGCCAACCCGUUCCUGGACAAGAAUCGACUAGAUGCUAUCUUGGCCCAGGCUCAGGCCAGCCAAGAAGCAGCAGCCCGACAGGCGGCAGCAGAAGCGGAGUUGAAAGCAUCACAGGCGAUGCAAGCACCCUUAUUGAAACGUCGUUCCGAACAUGGUGAAUCCAGCACCCGGCGGAAGAAGAGCAAGCUAUCAAACGAAGCUCAAAAGGAGAAACGAUUGAUGAAGCUUGUUGGAGAAUUCGUUGUCAAGACAAUGUCGAAAUAUCAGCGCCAAAUGGAACGCGAAACAUUCAAGAAGUAUGCGAAGGAGUGUACUCAACUCCUGGUCGACAAGGAGAAGAGAGGAAAGACCUACCAGGAGGGCAAAUUGGACAGAUUGUCAGAAGAGAAGAAGGUGAAGCUCAAAAGUUUCAUCAAAGAAUUUACCCACAAAAUCUUGGCCAAGCUCAAGGCACGUGGAAGGUUGAUCACGGUAUCGACCGACGCGAAGGACUCGCCAGCCGAACGAAGUCACCGCGAGUCUACUGGCAACUCAAAUGAGCAGGACAACCAGCUCGUUAACGAGAUGUUUGGACACGACGACGAGGACAUGAGCAUGGAUGUGGAAGAAGACGAACAGUUCGAUUCACCUCGGGGGGUCCGAUCACGCGAUUUGACAUCGCUCGAGGAGAGUAGCGUCAGCACCCCACCUGCCGCCUCUCCCUUGAAUCUGUCCGAAACGAAACCCGAUGACGUCCGGAUAGUAUCCCAUGAGGCGCCUCAAACGCCAGAAACUCCACCUUUCGAGGAUUUACUGCGCUUAGAGGGUAAAGCGUCGGGAUCGUUUGCAUAG